GACAGCUCACGUGGGUGACGUCUGCAUCUGUGUCCCUGGCCUUUUAUAAAGAGGAGUCUGUGUGCUGGCAGCAGACACCCCCGGGCUGCACGGCUGGCGCUGAGUGGACAGGACUUGAGGGACUUGCCCCUGGCCAGGGGGUGCAAGGAAGCCAGGGCUGUAGGGAGGGGGCCUCACCCUCCGGGUUCCUCCUGCUGCAGGCACACUUGAGGCACCUGAGUCGUCGGGACGCACCCGGGAAGAUGAGCCCCUGCUUGGCACCUGGGAUGGCCCUUUGCCUCCUGCUGGGGACUCUGGCAGCAGGGGCCAAGCCUGUGCAGGAGGAGGGAGACCCCUAUGCCGAGCUGCCCGCCAUGCCCUCCUGGCCUUUCUCCACCUCUGACUUCUGGAACUAUGUGCAGUACUUCCAGACUCUGGGGGCCUACCCGCAGAUGGAGGACAUGGCCCGCACCUUCUUUGCUCACUUCCCCCUGGGGACCGCCCUGGGCUUCCAUGUCCCCUACCAGGAGGAGUGAGCGAUCCCCCCGCCUGGUGCCUCCUGGGGAGCUGGGCCUGGCCUCACACUAAAUAAACUCCUGACUUA